AUUCGCGCAAAAGUUUUCAGAAGAACUGUGUGUAGCUUUUUAAAAACAUAUAUUAAAAAAUAAAAUAUAAUGAAAGUAGUGCAUGACGUUGCAAUCGGAGAUAAAUAUCCGCUUUCAUUCCGGUGUAACCGUCGUGUUUUGAAUCCAUCCAUCCCUUAAAAAACUUAAACAUGGUUGUUUUACGAUUUUUUACGUGUGAUUUCUUUUCAUUGGUUGGUGGCCAUACGCCCCUAGUUCACUUUUUAAAUGUCUACGAAAGCUCUCUGGGCCAUUCGUGCUGCGAGGGCUAUCCAUCGAAGAGAGACAUGCCCGUAAAUGAAUAGGGAAUGAACAGUCUUCCGCGAUGUAGCAAUCUACCACAAACUUUUUUUGAUUUUUAUGAUUUUUGCUGCUCUUGGCAUAAGUGAUAGUCUCUAGAUGAGUUUGAUUUGUUGAGGUAUUGGAAGUAUGACUUAGAUUUUGUAUAUUACGCGAUAAAGUUGUGAAUUCUCCCAUUUAAAGAAUGUAAAUUUUCAUUUUUGUCACAGUACAUUCUAAUGAUGCGCCACGCCGAUUUUUACGAUUUUUACGGUUAUUGAUAGGAAGUAGUCCCCAGAUGAGCUCACUUUGUUCUCGCCCAAAAAAUCUAGCCCCCUAAUUGUUAUAAGUAACAGGUUCUUCGUCCAUCUCUUGAUUCACAUGCAUGAGAGGGCGAAGUCCUCUGUUACUAACAUUCAAGAAUACAACCAGAAACGGAUCCAACAAUUUGGCAACACUAGAUUUCCUCCAUUUAAACCUAUCCUAAAUAAUCGAUUCUUGUUGGAGCACUUGACCCCUCCAAGAAUCGAUACUUUGCCAUAGGUUUAAAUGCAGAAAAGACAAUGUUGCCAAUUUGGCAAUGAAUACACCUGUGAGCACGAAUCUAAGAGUACUAUUUUCAUUUCAACACCUCCACUGAAUGUAUGUAAGUCACUUUUAACAAAGCUCAUAGUAAGAUAAAGGUAACCUCAUUUUCCAAAGCUCUCGUAUUUCGGUUAUUUUUUUGUUUCUUUUAUCUGGUGCGUCUUUCUCUUAUCUUUUCGCAUCCUAAUAAGGUGUGCCGUAACUUUUCCAUAGAAAGCAGCUAGUCACGUCAAUUUUUCCUUUCGUAUAUUUUUUGCGUCUCGUCAUAUUUUUUUCUUCUUCUUUUGGCGAGUGCAAGUGCAAGCAAUAAGAAUUAACCACUGUUUGCACUCAACAUUCUGAAUCACUUUUUUUCUUGUUCCUCUCAUAUUGUGGAUUAUUCAAUUUUAGUUUACAACAAGAAAGAGAACCACAUCGCUGGAUUUGUUUAGUAAUUAUGUCACCUACUUUUGUGAAUUUUUGUUCUCAUUUUUUUUUCUGGUCAUCUGCUAUGCGUGGCUUGACGUGUAAAAGUUCAUUAACUAUUGAAAUUACUGAUUAAUUUUUUUCAAUCCUUUCAAUAUGAGGAGGUACCCCACCGAGCUUGCUUAAAUUUAAGACGAAUAAGAAAAGUGGAGGAGAGUUUAUCUAAUUCCAUGAAAUAGAAUACUCUAAAAUAGUAUCAGUGUUUUUUAAACUGUCUCGACCAUGUUUUACCAUCAAAUCUGCGCAGCUAUGACGGCCCCUUAACGCUUUUCAACUCGGUAAAAUAACCUCAAAGACCUUGCACCAAAACUUUGCAUGCCAGCCAUUCGUUCUUGACGGUAAACUUCUCCUAGUCAUGAUUCCAUCCAUGAAAAAUAAACUCAUUGCUCUUGCUGGCUUUGCUUGUCUGUUGUAUUUUAUGUCGUAUCGGGGUCGUUCACAUUCGAGCAUGCUUGGGAAGUACAAAAGAAAUAAAGGAUCCCCGACGAUCCCUUCUUGCUACUUACUCCCCUACGACAAGAGCCAGCUGCCCGAUAUAUCCGAGUACUCGGUCCGGCCGAACACUACUUUUUUUCUGGAGACAUCUUGCCGUCAUGCCGGCGAGGUGAGUCUGACCGUCCGCCAAUCGUGUGCCUUCGAAUCCGCGGCCAAAGCGCAUCCGGAUACGGAAAUUCUGGUGUUGUUCCCGGCCCCUGUUUCGAUGAAAAGCCCACCGCCGCACGUCAAAAUGUUGCUGAAAUUUGCCAACUUGAAAUUUUUGCAUGUGGACGUCGGGAGAUUUUUUCAAGGCACGCCGAUCAAAAGUACCGAUUUUAUGGAGAUGAUGAAUAUAAGUGCAUUCGCACCCUCUCAGGCAUCUGAUAUUCUGCGGUUGGCCACCUUGUGGAAGUACGGUGGUGCCGCUCUAGACUCGGAUUUCGUCGUUUUAAAGUAAGUGCGCGUCCAGCUGUUACCUAGAGUACCUAUUUUGAGAGAGUA